CAGCUGCCGCCGAGACGAGAACGAGCGCAGCUGCUCUCUCAUUUCCAUAAUAUAUUGCGCCGGGUGAAAUUGUUUAUUUUGAUUAUUUUUUUUCUAAAAAAAUGAGUCAAACUGCGGAUUCUCCGAGGCUAAGCGCGUUGGACGUGGGGGUGUUCGGGGCGAUGCUGGCCUCGUCGGCGGCCAUCGGCUGCUACUUUGGCCUGAGCAAGGGCGGCCAGCGCAGCGCCCUCGACUACCUGAUGGGCGGCCGCCAGAUGAGCAUGUUGCCGGUGGCCCUCAGCCUGGUCGCCAGUUUCAUUUCGGGCAUUUCCAUCAUGGGCGACCCGGCCGAGGUUUACCGCCACGGCACCCAGUACUGGACCAUCGUGCUCUCCAGCUACUUGGCCAGCUGCGUCGUUUCCCUCGUCUACGCGCCCCUCUACAUCAAGCUGCAGCUCAACUCGUGCUACCAGUAUUUGAAAAUGCGAUUUAACGAGAGCGUCCGAAAAAUGGCAUCAGCGCUUUUUGUUAUUUCUCAGUUUCUCUACAUCCCUAUCGUAAUUUACGCACCCGCUUUAGCACUGAGCCAAGUGACCGGCUUGAAUGUCCACGUGAUAACACCCGUCAUCUCGGCAAUUUGCAUUUUUUACACGACGAUCGGCGGACUGCGCGCCGUUGUGUGGACGGACACCUUGCAGACGUGUCUGAUGAUGAUGGCCAUGGUGGCGGUUUUUGCGAUGGGCGUCGCGAGGGUUGGCGGAUGGGAGCACGUGUGGCAGGCGGCAGAGAGGGGCGGCCGACUCGAAUUCUUCAACAUGGACCCUAACCCUUUGGAGCGACACACUUUCUGGACAGUGCUGCUAGGACAAUUUGUGUACCAGCUGGCGUGGUGCGCCACCAGCCAGGGCAUGGUGCAGCGAUACCUGGCCGUUCCUGACCUCAGGACGGCCCGCUGGUGUCUCGCGUGUUUCGCUUUUGGAAUGACGGCCGUGAAAUGGCUCAGCGUCGCCACUGGACUGCUGCUGUACGCUUCGUACGAAAACUGCGACCCAAUUUCUUCCCAGCGCGUUUCCCGUCAGGACCAAAUACUGCCCUUGUACGUCCUCGAGACAGCCGGACACAUUCCAGGCCUGAGUGGCCUUUUCGUCGCCGGCGUCUUCAGCGCAGCACUCAGUUCGAUGUCGACCGGUCUGAACGCCCUUUCAGGAGUGUUGGUCGAAGACCUGUUUGCCAGGUGGAUUCCAAAAGAGGGCCGUUUUGGUGCUGCCCUGUGGCUCAGGGUAGCCGCCCUGAGCACCGGCGUUGUGUGUGUGGUGCUGGUUCUCAUCGUUGAGCACUUGGGUGGAGUUUUGCAGGUGGCGCUCAGUUUGGGAAGCAUUACGAGCGGGACGAUGCUGGGACUUUUUACCAUGGGCAUGUUUUGCCCAAGAGCAAACAGCAAGGGUGCUCUGAUUGGAUCUUUGGCGUCGCUGAUCCUGAACGGAGGAAUCGUGUUUGCGACGCAAGGGGCCCUGGCUCAGGGAACCCUUCGUCACUCCUUUUUGCCCUUGUCCACUGAUCUGUGCCCAGAAAACACAACUACCAUUAUUUUGCCUACGGAGCCAGUGUUGGAGACUUGGCCUCUGCUGAAGUUGUCCUACAUGUACUACAGCCUCGUGGGGGCAAUUUUGGUGCCCCUGGUGGGACUGCCGGUCAGUUGGAUUUCCGGAGGCCGACACAGAAAAAUGUCCCCAGAUCUUUUCAGUCCUUUCGUGCACCGUUGGUUGACCCCCGAGGAUCAACAGUGUGACCUCAAGCUCGACGAGAAAUGAUCAAGCAGGACUGAAGCAGAAUAAUUAAGUUUUUGAUCGAAAUCGUCGAUGAUUGUUAAAAUGUGAUUUGAUCAUUCUACAAUUUUAUUCAAAAAUACAUAAAUUAAUAACAUGAAAUUUAAUUCAGCGAUAACAACAUCUUUUGAUGAGUUUACUCAGUAUUAUAAUCAGGGCAGAAAAUUCAUUUAGUCAAUUAAUCAUGUUGUACAGAGAAUGCAUUUGUGUAAUACAAAAGUUGAAAUUUCAAUUGCUUUUAAUAAAAAUUUUUUUA